GAGUCAGCUAGCGGCGGCAGCGGUGGCGGUGGCUUCUCCUCCGCACAGACCCGGCGUUCCGGCCUGCGCGGCCCGCUGACCCCGGGGCCUGCGCCCCAGGGGGCAGGGAUGCAUCAUGGCCACGCUGGCUUAUCGUGUGCAGUUCUUGGACGACACCGAUCCUUUCAACAGCACCAACUUCCCAGAGCCUAGCCGGCCACCGCUGUUCACAUUCCGCGAGGACCUGGCUCUGGGCACCCAGUUGGCCGGGGUUCAUCGGCUGCUGCGGGCGCCGCACAAGCUUGACGACUGUACCCUGCAGCUGUCACACAAUGGUGCCUACCUGGAUUUGGAGGCCACGCUGGCGGAACAGCGGGAUGAGCUGGAAGGCUUCCAAGAUGACACAGGGCGGGGCAAGAAGAACAGCAUUAUUCUGAGGACACAGCUAUCUGUGAGGGUCCAUGCCUGCAUUGAGAAACUGUACAACUCCAACGGCCGUGAUCUAAGAAGGGCCCUGUUCUCGCUGAAGCAGAUAUUUCAGGAUGACAAGGAUUUGGUGCACGAAUUUGUCAUGGCUGAAGGUCUGACGUGUUUAAUCAAGGUGGGAGCUGAGGCCGAUCAGAACUAUCAGAACUACAUCCUGAGGGCCUUGGGACAGAUUAUGUUGUAUGUGGAUGGGAUGAAUGGGGUCAUCAACCAUGGUGAGACCAUCCAGUGGCUUUACACUCUUGUUGGGUCAAAGUUCCGCCUGGUGGUGAAGACGGCCCUGAAGCUUCUGCUUGUCUUUGUGGAAUACUCCGAGUCCAAUGCAGCACUCCUCAUUCAGGCUGUCUCUGCUGUUGACACCAAAAGAGGUGUCAAACCCUGGUCCAACAUCAUGGAAAUCUUGGAGGAAAAAGAUGGAGUUGACACAGAGCUCUUGGUUUAUGCAAUGACUCUAGUGAACAAGACAUUGGCAGGCCUGCCUGAUCAAGAUACCUUCUACGACGUGGUAGACUGCCUGGAGGAGCUGGGCAUCGCUACUGUGUCCCAGAGACACUUGAACAAGAAAGGGACAGACCUGGACUUGCUGGAGCAGUUUAAUAUCUAUGAGGUGGCACUCAGGCAUGAGGAUGGCGAUGAGACAGCUGAGCCACCCCCCAGUGGGCACCGAGACCGGAGGAGGGCCAGCGUGUGUUCUGGCGGCAGUGUGGGUGAGCACCAGGGCCUUGACCGCAGAAGGAGCCGUAGGCAUUCGAUCCAGAGUAUCAAGAGCCCGCUGUCGGCUCCCACCAGCCCCUGCGCCCUGUCCGUUCCUGCCUUCAAGCCCAGCCAAGUUCGAGAUCUCUGUGAAAACGAGGCCAGUUCUGCCUCCAGGCAGACUUCCCCUGGGAAGGAUGUUGCUCCGUUGAGUUCUACACUCCCUACCACCUCAAGUCCCAGCUCACAGGGAAGGUCGCUUCCAGCCAGCACAGCAGCAUGGUCCCCCGUGCUUGGUGGAACCUCUGGGUCUGAGGCCAGCCGGCCUGCUCUCUUGUCACCUCCCAGCCCUGGCUUGGCUACUCGACCCUCCACCAUACCAAAGGUGUCUCCUACCAUAGACAAGCUGCCCUACGUGCCCCACAGCCCCUUCCACCUCUUCUCCUAUGACUUCGAAGAUGCACCCCUCCUCACCAAGGACAAGGGAGGAGACUCUCAGACGGAAAACAGAUACAGCAGCUUCAGCAACAAGUCUUCCCAAUCUUCCAGACCAUCUUCUGGACCUAGUGUGUCCCCAUCAUCUGCAUCGUCCUUCUCGUCACCGCAGGAUGCCAGGUCAUCACCAAGUGGUCUUCUCACAUCCUCCUUCCGGCAGCACCAAGAGUCUCUGGCAGCAGAGAGAGAGCGGAGGCGGCAGGAGAGGGAAGAAAGGCUGCAGAGGAUAGAGCGGGAAGAACGAAACAAAUUCAACCGAGAAUAUCUAGACAAAAGAGAGGAGCAAAGACAAGCCAGAGAAGAAAGAUACAAAUACUUGGAGCAGUUGGCAGCAGUGGAGACGCAGGAGAAGGAGCUGAGAAGUCGGAGCGUGAGCCGGGCCAGAGCUGACCUCUCCUUGGACCUGAGCUUGCCAGCAGCCCCUGCCUCACCUUCCCCAUCAAGCCAGAGUCCUUCAUCUGCUGACUCACCAGAGGCUCUCACAGUGCCCUCCGCCCCACCCAUUCUUCAGUAUCCCCAAGUUAGCAGUAAGGACCACGAGGCUGAACUGGAGGCGGAAGCUGGGCAGGGUGCUGAUGAAGCCAGCCAGGACAUAGCCUCUGCCCACAGGGGAGCAGAGCACCAAGAGGAGCCGGUCCCAGCCCUAGAGCCCGAAGAAAGAGCCUCACUGAGUGAAAAAGAGAGGCAAAACGAGGAGGUGAACGAGAGGGACAGCUGCUCAGCCUCCAGCAUCUCCUCCUCCAGCAGCACCUUGGAGAGGGAAGAGAAGGAGGACAGACUGUCAGAGGACAGGCCGACUGGUCUGUGGUCCGCCAGCCUUCAGGAUGUGGGUGUAAAUGGACAGUGUGGUGACAUCCUUACCAGCAAAAGGUUCAUGUUGGACAUGCUGUAUGCCCAUAACAGAAAGUCCACAGAUGAUGAGGAGAAAGGCGAUGGCGAGCCUGGGAGGUCUGCGCAGGAGGUGGAAGCAGUGGCCAGCCUCGCCACCAGGAUAUCCACUCUGCAGGCCAACUCUCAGGCCCCAGAGGAGAACAUCAAGAAGGUGGACAUUAGCUGCUUGGACAACAGGGGCAGUGUGAAGGCGUUUGCCGAGAAAUUCAACAGUGGAGAACUGGGGAGGGGCUCCGUCUCCCCAGAUGCAGAGUCUCAUGACAAGGUCCCGGAUACAACCCCUUCACAGCUGAAGACCGAGUCUGAUUACAUCUGGGACCAGCUCAUGGCCAAUCCAAGGGAGCUCAGAAUCCAAGACAUGGACUUCACCGACCUCGGGGAGGAGGAUGACAUUGAUGUUCUGGAUGUAGAUCUGGGCCACCGGGAAGCCCCAGGGCCACCCCCUCCACCCCCUCCCACCUUCCUGGGCUUGCCACCCCCACCCCCUCCACCCCUGUUGGACAGCGUGCCUCCCCCACCAGUCCCCGGUAAUUUAUUGGCUUCUCCUGUGUUCAACACUCCUCAGGGCUUAGGGUGGUCCCAGGUACCCAGGGGUCAGCCAGCAUUCACCAAGAAAAAGAAGACUAUCCGACUGUUCUGGAAUGAAGUCCGGCCCUUUGAGUGGCCGAGUAAGAACAAUCGCCGAUGCAGGGAAUUCCUGUGGUCGAAACUGGAGCCCAUUAAAGUGGACACUUCCAGACUAGAGCACCUGUUUGAGUCCAAGUCUAAGGAGCUGUCUGUCACCAAGAAAACGGCUGCUGAUGGCAAAAGGCAGGAGAUCAUCGUUCUGGAUUCCAAGAGGAGCAACGCCAUCAACAUCGGCCUGACCGUGCUGCCCCCUCCAAGAACGAUUAAGAUAGCCAUUUUGAACUUCGAUGAGUAUGCCUUAAACAAGGAAGGGAUUGAGAAAAUUCUGACCAUGAUUCCAUCUGAAGAGGAGAAGCAGAAGAUCCAGGAAGCUCAGCUGGCUAACCCCGAAGUGCCCUUGGGCAGCGCGGAGCAGUUCCUCCUCACACUGUCCUCCAUCAGUGAGCUCUCAGCCCGGCUCCACUUGUGGGCAUUCAAAAUGGAUUAUGAAACCACGGAAAAGGAAGUGGCCGAGCCACUCUUGGACCUGAAGGAAGGAAUAGACCAGUUGGAGAACAAUAAGACUCUGGGCUUCAUCCUGUCCACUCUCCUCGCCAUUGGGAACUUUCUAAAUGGAACUAACGCCAAAGCAUUUGAGUUAAGCUACCUUGAGAAGGUUCCAGAAGUCAAAGAUACAGUGCACAAGCAGUCACUUCUCCACCAUGUGUGCACCAUGGUAGUGGAAAACUUUCCAGACAGCUCAGAUCUGUACUCAGAGAUUGGGGCCAUCACCAGGUCAGCCAAGGUUGACUUUGAUCAGCUUCAAGAUAAUUUAUGUCAGAUGGAGAGAAGAUGCAAAGCCUCAUGGGAUCACCUCAAGGCAAUCGCAAAACACGAAAUGAAGCCAGUUUUAAAACAACGCAUGUCGGAGUUCUUAAAGGACUGUGCAGAGCGAAUUAUAAUUUUAAAGAUUGUUCAUCGGAGGAUAAUUAAUAGGUUUCACUCAUUUUUACUCUUUAUGGGCCAUCCCCCUUAUGCAAUCCGAGAGGUAAACAUCAACAAGUUCUGCAGGAUCAUCAGUGAGUUCGCUCUAGAGUACCGUACCACCAGGGAAAGGGUUCUACAGCAGAAACAGAAACGGGCCAACCACAGAGAGAGAAACAAGACCCGAGGGAAGAUGAUCACUGAUACUGAUGACGAGGAUGACACUGAGUCUGGCAAAUUCUCUGGCAGUUCUCCCGCAGCACCGAGCCAGCCACAGGGUCUGAGCUAUGCUGAAGAUGCAGCGGAACACGAGAACAUGAAGGCUGUGUUGAAAACCUCAUCUCCUGCUGUGGACGAUGCCACCCCAGUGCUUGGCGUCCGCACUCGCAGCCGGGCUAGCCGAGGAUCCACUGGCUCAUGGAGUAUGGGAACUGAUGAGUCACCCAGUGUCCCUGAUGACGCAGCUGAUGAGAUCAUGGACCGCAUCGUCAAGUCAGCCACCCAGGUGCCCAGUCAGCGAGUGGUGCCACGGGAGAGAAAGCGUUCCAGGGCUAACCGCAAAUCUCUACGAAGGACCUUAAAGAGUGGCCUGACUCCAGAAGAAGCCAGAGCCCUAGGCCUGGUUGGCACAUCUGAACUGCAGCUGUGACUUUUGUAGGCCCUCCGAAGUGUUCUGAGCAGAGGACCAGAUCUGGCUAGACCCAUUCCUUUCAGUACGGGGUGGGGAGACUUGAACAUCUGAUGGCUCAGAACUGAGUGCUCUUUUCUGGGUGUUACACCGCUUGUCACCGCUGUGCAUUGACAUGGAUCUCCAGGAAUCUCCUGCAUGUACUCUUCAUCAAGCCAGCUGUUUUUCUUGUUUCCUUGAUACCUGGUUUAUUAGUUCCAAGCGUGACACCUUUUCUAGGAACCAACAGUCCUUGUAAGGAACAAAUCACUUCUGUCACGGUUGUUAAGGUAACACGGGGCAAUGUGAUUAGACUCAGAGACUGGGUCUCCACAACAAAAACGUCCAGAUAUAAACGCCAAUGUUGUACACGAAAGCAAGCACAGAUUGUUUACCAGUUGUGGAUUUUAGAUGUACUAAAUGUUUAUACAAACCCAUAAAUGUACACCAUGUUUCAACUACUAAAUAAAUAGAGAUUAAUGCCAUCAUAAGAAACUUUUUAAUUCUUGUAG